AUGGUAUCUUCGUCGAAAUGUGGAGACGCCAGAAGCGCCUCUUCACUGCGCCGAUUUCUGGUGCCUGUCCUUGUCAUUGGGCUGUUCAUACAGGAAGCCAGAGCUGUCAGUUUAGAGGUCCCUCCAAGGAUCUCGGAAGAUGACCUUUUGCAAAAAUGGGGGCAAUACACCGUGAGAAACCUGCGCCGAAAAGAACCGGAAGACCCCGAAAGGCCGGUUCCUUUGGUUAUUACCAACAAGUGCGAUUCAACCAUCUGGCCUGGCAUCGCAACUCAGUCUGGGAAAGGCCCAGGCGUUGGGGGCUUCGAACUUGCCCAGGGGAAGAGCAAGGAACUUUGGGUAGGAUCAGAGUGGCAAGGCCGUGUCUGGGGGAGGACGAAUUGUACUGUCAAGGGCGAUUCAUGUUCCUGCAAAACGGGUGACUGUUUUGGCAAGUUGGACUGUGAGUUCAGUGGGUCAACGCCAGCAACACUCGCCGAGUUCACCUUGGCUGGCGGCUUACACAAGGAGCAAACUUUCUACGACAUCUCCCUAGUUGACGGCUACAAUCUCCCGAUGGGCCUUGUUUACAUCCCUGCCAAGAACACAACCUUCAUCCCACCAAAUCUCACCAACUGCGCGUGCAUCGCAUCUCCUAGUUGGAUCUAUGCCCACGCUGACACUGGGACCUACUACACCAACUCGUCAUAUCCAGUACCUCUGGAAAACAGGAUCGACAAUGACGACGCACGCCGCUGGUGUCCAUGGAAGUACCUUGCCUUUCCACCCACUAAGCCUGGUGACGGCAUCUACCCUUACCCGGACGAUCAGAUCCAGAGGCCCGAGUUUUCACCUUGCAACAGUGCUUGCGCUGCAUACGGCACUGACAAGGAGUGCUGUGUAGGCAGAUACCACGACCCGGAUAUUUGCAAGCCAUCUGAUUACAGCAAGGCCGCCAAAGCAAUGUGUCCCGAUGCUUACAGCUUUGCUUUUGACGAUCAGAGUUCGACGUUUAUCAUUCCCAAGGGUGGCGGCUGGGAGAUCGUCAUGUGCCCCAAGGGUCGCUCGACUAACAUUCUGCGUCAGUUGGGCGAUGAAAUGAAUGAGCUGGCCGAUUCAGGGGGACUAUCGCAGAUUGCCCAGAAGCGACUCAAGAAUGUCACAUAUAUCAUAUCCGACAAGAGUAUCGCGAAUAAUGUGUUCCCGACAAUGAUUACGGUGGGCUCUGCGACGUUGGCAACUGGGCUGUGGCUACUAUUAUAA